AUGCGUCCAUCCCGUCCUCUAGUUCCCUACUCGUUCUUAACGGAAGACCUCCAAUACGAAAUCCUGGGGCAUUUGAACGCAGCAGAUUUGAAGGCCAUGACGGCGGCUGGAUGUCAUCUUGCCUCCAAGGAGCUUCUCCGACGAUUCACCUCCAUCUUGGUUCAGUUUUACUUGGACCCAGAUGGGUUUCGUGCAUGUAUGAAGACUUGUGGUGUCGUGGUAUCGGGCUCAACCGCUCUUGCCAUCCUGCUGCCCCGUUCCCGCGCCUUUCAUCCCAACGACAUCGACAUCUACGUCAAUUCCGAGGGUCUAUCCGGCCUCUUGCAUUACCUUCACACAAAUACCCCUUAUACUCAAGAAACUAUCCUUACUCGUGCACGCCGCUCGGACGACGACUACAGCAUUUUCGUACGAGGGACUGCCAUUUCGUCAUACAACAUCGCCGCUUUCUACGACCCUGCGUUACUAGAGAAUCCUGCGCUGUCAUGGCAUCUUUGCGAAUAUAACACGGAUGACCUGUUGGAAGAUGUUCCUUCCGUCGCAUGGAAGUUGGCCCACGACGGGUUGUGUUCCCGAACCCAGCUUGCGUGUCCAGGCUGGUUGGAAGAUGUGGAUGGGCGUCGCUCUGGCAUCGUGACCGGAUUUUAA